AUGAAUGGUAAACAACUUUUUUUAUUAAAAAAAAUUAACCUCGGGAAUAAGGAUCUUCCCCCCUCCCCACAAUUCACAUAUUGGCAGGAGGAACACAAAAAAGUAAUGAGAAUUCAUUGUUGCAGACCCUCUUAUCCCAGAACAAAAAGUGGGCAUUAUGUGCUUGUCAGUGGUCAAAAUGUAAAAAUACCAUGAGAUACAACUAAAAAGGAGUUACUGUUCAGCAUGCUUGUGAGGUUCAGCUCAUUAUAUGUUGUGCCAUCCUGUUGUAGUUUAGUUUCGGUGAGUUUUAAGAGCUUUGCUUCUUUAUGCGAAGGACAGAAUCUUUAUUGAAUGGCACUGGUGUAUUCCUGAUCUCAUGGUAUCUAAAAUAAUGCUUUGAUUUGCUUAUGCUCAUCUUUCGUAACUGAGAUGGCUACCCAGGACUAUUCAGUUUAAAUAUUCUCUGUUCUGUGGUCCUGCUGCCUGUCUGUCUGAGAAACUAGGGUGCAGCCCUAAGCUGUGUGGUUUUCUCCAUUUUAAGGAGAAAAGGGUGCUGUGUGAGAGGAUUUGCUCUGUUAUGUACCGUAUUUUGCGCUCCAUAGGACGCUCCGGCCCAUAGGACGCACCUAGUUUUUUGGGGGGGAAAUAAAGAAAAAUUCCCCCCCCCCCAGGUGCGGGGCUGGAAGAAGUAGGUCGGGGAACAGCGGGAAGGUGCGCUCUGCCUCCCCGCUGUCCCCCGAGUUUGUGGGGCUGGCGAUGGGGAGAAGUGCGCUCAUCCUGGGACUGCAGGCAGCUCUGCGCGGCCAUCCGGAGCGGGGCGGGACUUCGCGCCCCGCUCCCGAUGGCCGCGCGGAGGUGCGCUGAUCCCGGGACUGCAGGCAGCUCUGCGCGGCCAUCCGGAGCGGGGCGGGACUUUGCGCCCCACUCCCGAUGGCCGCGCAGAGGUGCGCUGAUCCUGGGACUGCAGGCAGUUCUGCGCGGCCAUCCGGAGUGGGGCGGGACUUCGCACCCGGCUCCCGGUGGCCGCGCAGAGCUGCGCUGAUCCCGGGACUGCAGGCAGCUCUGCGCGGCCAUCCGGAGCGGGGCGGGACUUAGCGCCCGGCUCCCGGUGGCUGCGCAGAGCUGCGCUGAUCCCGGGACUGCAGGCAGCUCUGCGCGGCCAUCCGGAGCGGGGCGGGACUUCGCGCCCUGCUCCCGAUGGCCGCGCAGAGCUGCGCUGAUCCCGGGACUGCAGGCAGCUCUGCGCGGCCAUCCGGGGCGGGGCGGGACUUCGCGCCCGGCUCCCGGUGGCCACGCAGAGCUGCGCUGAGCCGGGACUGCAGGCAGCUCUGCACGGCCAUCGGGAGCGGGGCGGGACUCGCGCCCGGCUCCCGGUGGCCACGCAGAGCUGCGCUGAGCCGGGACUGCAGGCAGCUCUGCGCGGCCAUCGGGAGCGGGGCGGGACUUGCGCCCGGCUCCCGGUGGCCGCGCAGGGCUGCGCUGAGCCCGGGACUGCAGGCAGCUCUGCGCAACCCUCGGAGCCGGUCUCCCGAGGGUUGCGCAGAGCUCCUGAAGCCUGGAGAGCGAGAGGGGUCAGUGCGCACCGACCCCUCUCGCUUUCCAGGCUUCAGCGAAACCUGCAUUCGCCCCAUAGGACGCACACACAUUUCCCCUUCAUUUUUGGAGGGGAAAAAGUGCGUCCUAUAGGGCGAAAAAUACGGUAAAUAUGAGUCUGAGUUACCAAGCACUCUUACUGGGCUUAUUGAAUGAAUGGCUUUGGCCCAGUAGCUUUGAUAUUCCAGCGGUCAGGGUUGUCCUAUAUUGCUGCCCCUAACAGUUUAAGUAUCAACACUUUUUAAAGUAACAAUGUUAGUGUGUUGACAUAUCUCAAAUAGUGUAUGAUUCACCUGAAGAGUCCCCUCUUCACCUUCCUGGAAAUGUUUUCUUACUUGGUUUUCUAAGUGUGUCCCCUUCAUUUACCUUGCUUGACCCCUCCCCCCCCCCGGUUUGACUUGUUUACAAGAGGAUAUGUGGUUAAGGCCAUUUAACGGGAACAUUCAGGUCCUUGGUAGUACACUAAAACUAAAAUAUAACUCUUGUAAGGCAAGAUUGAGGGGAAAUGGGUAACACAAUGGCAAUGUGUCGCUGAUCAAGCAUUCCUUUAUGUAAUUGGGGAGAAUUUGUCAAGGGGUGUGUGUGCUAUUUUCCAUGUUCUGGCACCAGAGUUUAUAAUCUGUAGCCUGAAGUUCAACACAGUUUUUCUUACAUGUGUAAUCACUUCUAAGUAGUAUUAUUUCUGAAGUUUCCAGCCCCACUAUGCUGCUUUUUUUGUAUCUGUUGUGAGUCAUUGCCAUAGAACCCUUUUUGUUUGUGUGUUCCAGGUAUGAAGAUGCAAAUUUUGAUUUCCCUUGCAGUUCAUCUCUUGAGAAUAAUGAAUGAUGAAAGCUACCAAACAAAGCUGUGAUUGUACUGUUGUAUAGAGAGAAACACUACAGUUCUGUAAUGGAAGGUCUGACCCCAUUUGUACAUUGUGGACCUAAACACUGUCUUCUCAAGACUAGCUUGCAAAGAACUGGCAAAUGCAUCUGUUCCUGAUCUUGAAUAAUAUUUUUUCUCAGAAUUAUCAUUGACCAAAUAUUCAAUAUAAAGUAUAUUUUUGCAUACUUGAGUGCUGCUGAAAAGAGAUCCAAUUUAGAAGCUGUGUGUAACCCUUGCACCUCAGGUAAAUCUGUGCAUUGAGUGUGUCUGGUUUAAAUACUGGGAUUAUUUUUGUAUAAGGGUAGUAGUUUGUCAAAUUUUGUUUUGUGCUUUAACCUAUGUACAUUUUUGAAAACGUUUCCAAAUGAACAACAUACUUUCGUUUUCAUCUGAUGCAGUUUAAAUACCAGCUGGAAUAAGGCAAAAACAUUAACACAAGUACCACAAUCUUUUCAAAGAAACCGUGUACUUUAUUUUCUAUCAAUAGGGAGUAACACGUCUCAUAAUCCUUGGCAUGCAGUCACAAUUCAGAUAAAAUGCUUUUUGGCCUCCAAGCUAUUACUGAAGAGGGACAUGUGCUUGCAUGAGAGAGAUUCAGUUUACCCCUCUUCCUCCUAAAUACUCAGUUUUGACUCCACAAAUGGAUCAUAUUGCAAAAAUGCAUAGCUUUAAAAAUAUUUUGUACAUAUGCCUGAAGCAGAAAACAGCAUUCCUGUUGAACCCUGAUGCAACUUCUUGUACCAGUUACAAAACUUUAUAUUUGCAAAUAUAGUACUCCUUGUUUGUCCAGCAACCAAAGCAAGGACAUGACCCACCCAUUCAUGUAGCUGUAUGCAUGGGAAAAGAUUUCCACAUGGUACUAUGAAGUCCUAUUCCACUCCCCACCCCACCCCCACCCCAACAUUCCUGUCCAUUUUGGGCCAGAAUAUAAUGUCAUGUGCACUGCCAUUACUUUCAACUGAAGGCCUGUCUCGCCUCCCCCUCCCACCUCACCCCACUCCUCCACAGAUCUGUGUAUAUGGGGCAACUGUGGGCCUUCCCAUGUUGAAGGCAAUGGCCUGCACAUUUCAUUGUGCCCAGGGCUAUAUUCACCAAAGCAAAGAGGAAUGGUGGUGGCUUUACUUAGGGACCCACUCCUUUACAUUUGGAACUGUGUGCUGUGCAUGCAGUGCAGCCCCAAGUUGGUUUGAUAGCCUUGUCAAGGAACUGUUGGGGGUUUUUUGUGUGUGUGAACCCAAUAUUUUUUCCAUUGCACAUGACAAUAAUGAAUGGAAGAGCCGUCUUGUUACCAGCCAUGGUGCUGUGCAUAUUGAUGAUACAGCAUGUGAAGCCUUUAAUGACUCAUUCUUUUCUUUGGGUUUGGAUGUCAAACAUUUCCAGGAAACAAAUGGUUUCAAAAAUAAUUUUUGCACUGUUGAUUUGUGUGUUUCUUAUCAGAUGUAAAACAGCAGAACACAGACUUUCUUGGUGAUUACCCCACAACCCCAUAUGCAACAUUGAGACAUUUUAAAUUAAUUUCUUACUUCCUGUGUAUUAAGGGAUAUGUAAUUUUGAUGUCUCUGUAAAACUGGCAAUGUAAUGAAGUGCUGUGUAUCAGGAAAUUGUACACAAUUUACCAUUUUCCUGUUCAUAAGCUGAGCCAUAUGUACAUAAAAUCUAGAUUUGUUUUCCUAGUUUUGCACUUUUAUAGCCUAUUUUUUGAAGAUAAAUUUGCGUGGAAGAUGGUUAUUCUAUUUUUGCCUUACCCUUCAACGAGUCUUAUAGGAUGUGUAAAAUAACUUGUCUGUAUCCUUUUUUUCAAGUAAUAAAUCUUAAAAUAUAAAAGACCAGGGCUAUGUUUAACUAUAGUUUGUAUGUUUUUAAAAGAAUCUUCCUCUUCAUUUUGGUGCAGUUUUUCUAAAACUCUCAGUCUCUUUUCAGUAUGGAAGAGAACGAAGAACGCUUUCAAAUUUGAUUCGGGACAUCUCUCUCGUGUUACCUUUAUUAUGUCACUGGAGCUGCUCCAGCGCAAGCUUCUUCCUUCCCUGCAGAAAUAAUAUCAUAAGUCCUGCACUUGCUGGGUUGGUUUCUGGAAGGGGAGACACUGGUGGACCCUUUCCCAAUGGCCUGGGGUUUCCAAUGCUCCUUUUGCAGCACAAAACAAAGCAGCUCAUAUAUUGUGAUGUUAACACAAGAGAUGCCCUCAAUUGCAGCUGUACACCCAAGCAUUUCCACACGGGAGUGCCAUGA